AACUAAUCAUUGUGAGAGUUACAUACAGAGUCAAUGCCCUUCUCUCUCUUUCUCUCUCUCUCGCUGUACAGAAAUGGAAAAGCACAAGUAUUAAAUGUGGCAGAGAAAGCAAACACGAAGAUCGAGAGAGAGAAUCACAAGUGUCCUGCGAGUCGGAGGAGGAGCAGUUGCCAGUAGCAGAGCGCAGAAAGAAGCAUGUAUGCGACACCGCACCAACGACAUUUGAUAUCGGAAAACGAUAUCGAAUCUCAACUCCGCUGCCUCCACGGCACGCAUUAUUACUAUUAAACUAUUGCCAAAGGUAGGGCAAACUUAAUAAUGGCGCUCAGACACCUCGCGUUGUUCCGCGUGUGACUUUGGCUCCUUUGUUGUAAAUUUCCGACUUUGGCUCCUUCGUUGUAAAUUUCCUUCACAUGCUUCUUCUUUCUUGCAACAAAAGUCGAAGAAAGAGAAUCCUUCAGUUGAGAGAUGGCAUUGGUUCGCCGCUUUGAUUAAUGGUAAAUUUGGUGAUUGGUAAGCCAAGCUCGUCUUCGUCUUCUUCUUCGUCUUCUUCUUCUUCCCCAAUUUCUGCGACUUAAAAGUGGGAAAAUAUUUUUAAGGAAUUAAAGUUCCAAGGAGGGGGAAAUAUCAAAUAGUAAGGCUCAUUGCAUUUCAAAUCUCCGUUCUUCCAGAAAACGAGGCGCCUCGCACGCCUACGUGUGUGUGUAUAUAUAUAUUUUCUAUUAUAUAUAUAUCCUCUCUCUCUCUCUCUCUCUAUUCUGUACCGUUGAAUUCAAAAUCGACCAGAAGAGAAUAAGGAAGGGAGAGGAAAACCUACCUUUCAAGCCAUUCUAUCCAUUUUCGUGUCUUUUGUGUAUCAGAAUUCAGAAAAAAAACAGAUUUUAACGGCGAAGAUGUCGUCAACAGCCCCCGCAAUUAGGAGGCCGAAGUGGCAUCCAACCCCGCAGCCACCUCCGAGCCCUAAGAUACUCAACUUGCCACGGCGGACUCGCCGGAAACAGCCCAGAAAGGCCGCCCCAAAGCCACCCGUCGCCGCUGAUAACUAUAGGGGAAGGCUUGAUGCUCUGUUCGAUCAAGAGCGGACGUUCUCGAGUAGUAGUGUUCCUGUUGUGUUGCUGAACUCGGGCGAAGGUGAUGAUGAUGGCGAGAGGAGAGAGAGAGUCGCCGGAGAGUGUGAAGACGGCGACGGUGGUUUUGCGGAGGAGAAGUGGAUGUUCCAGGCGGAGAUUCUAAGGGCAGAGUGCAAUUUCCUGAGGAUGGAGAGAGAGUUUGCGCUCAACAAGUUCGAGAGGAACCGAUUGCACAUGGAGAAGACUCUGCGUUCUGUUCUUCACACCCUCGUUUCUGGAAGGGAGAAAAUCUAUGAAGGUAAAAAUGCAAAUGCAGUACUGGAGGAAGAGAUUAAGGAUUUAGAGGAGAAGUUAGAGGAGUUACAGAAGAGCUCUGGAAAUGAUUUUGAAGUUCGACACUGUAGUAAUUUCGAUAAAGAAGCAUAUCUUUUGCAGCGACAGCUAGAGAAACUUGGUGUUUUAUGGGACGAGAAAUGUGUGAACAAGAUCAGAGAGAUGGCUGAAGCAAGUUUUAAUGUCAAUAUAAACCAAAGAAGCGACCAUGAAAGUUUCAUUCCUGGUCAUAAAAGCUAUAAUAUGUUCACUGAUGUAGAAGUGCUGAGAAGGAAAAUGGAGGGAUUAUCAAAAGGGAUGUUGGAUAAAAUGGAGGAAUAUGGGUCGAUGAUUGCCGCUACAGCCAAUGCCUCUGCUCCCACCUCCAAGCGGGUCGAAUUUCCUGGUUCUUCCUUGUGUGCAAAACAACCCUAUCAGGCGUCAACUUUGCAUGAUGACCACAAAUGCUCAGGAUAUUGCAAGGUUAUAGUGCGGAGGAUUAUAGAGCAAGUGAGAACAGAGACAGAGCAGUGGUCCCAAAUGCAAGAGAUGCUAGGCCAAGUGAGGGAGGAAAUGGAAGAACUACAGGCAUCUCGAGAUUUUUGGGAAGACCGAGCUCUUGAUUCUGAAUACAAAAUCCAAUCCCUACGUUCUACUGUGAAAGAGUGGAGAAAGAAAGCCAUCACCUUUGAAGCCAAGGCUAGUGAGAUGCAAAAAGAAACAUCUGCACUUCGAGGGGAGCUUGAAAAUCUAAAGAAGGAACGAGAUGAGGAAGUAACAAGGACCAAAGAUUUGGCACCGAUUUCCUUGGGUGAACAUAUUGCAAAAGAGAAGCACGUGUUGGUUUGUAGGCUGAAGGAAAAGCCUCAUCAAGCUGACAAAGGGAGCAGGCAGGAAACCGGUGCUGACAGAAGAAGAAAAACACACACAAGCAGCAACAAUAUUGGGGCUCCAAGACGCUCGCCAUUUCAAAACAUAUCAAACACAUCGCCAAUUCUGAGGCAGAAUAGCAAAGCAGUAUUCCCUCUGCAUUUCCCUGAAACUUGUGAUGCAUAGACAAGCUGUUAAACUAUGCACGCCUACACACGUCCAGAGAGAGAGGUUGGUUAAGAACCAGCUUCUUCUUCUUCUUGUUCUGCUAACUGAGGCUUCUAGCUAGUAGAGAAUUUGGUUGUAGACUGGCAAAUUGGCAAUGCAGUAGGUUCUCUGUGGUAAUGAGAAAUCUAUGAUGAUUAAUGCUCAGAAAAUUUGCUGUCUUGUUUACAAACUUUUGGUUUGCUCUCUGGAAAACAAACACCACACGAGAGCUAUCUGAAAAUUAGGCCAUUUGCUUUCUAUGAGUUGUAACUUCAUCAGGCAGAGACAUUUGUAGAUUCCAUCCAUGCCAUUCAGCAACAAUGCUGCUGAUGCAUCAUCAACUUUGUUCUGCUUUCAUGUGGCAAGGGUAAGCUGGUUAUCAACGUAUAAAAGUUGAUAAAAAUAAGAAUUCAGUCCGAAACUA